AUGCCCCGCACGCUGUUCCUGAUUCUGCUGCUGUGCGCGGCGCUGGCGCUCGGACACGCAGCAAACCCAUGCUGCUCGAGCCCAUGCCAGAACCGGGGUGUGUGCAUGAGCUCAGGCGUGGACAGCUACUGGUGUGACUGCACCCGGACCGGCUUCUACGGGGAGAACUGCACCACACCCGAGUUUCUGACCUGGAUCAAGCUCUCCCUGAAGCCCACCCCUGACACAGUGCACUACAUACUCACCCACUUCAAGGGCAUGUGGAACGUCAUCAAUAGCAUCCCCUUCCUGAGAGACGCCAUCAUGAAAUACGUCCUGACGUCCAGGUCGCACUUGAUUGACAGCCCACCGACCUACAACGUGCACUACAGCUACAAGAGCUGGGAGGCGUUCUCCAACCUCUCCUACUACACCCGGGCGCUGCCGCCUGUGCCCGACGACUGCCCCACUCCACUGGGUGUGAAAGGAAAGAAAGAGCUCCCUGCCUCCAAGGACGUGGUGGAGAAGGUGCUUCUCCGACGGAAGUUCAUCCCGGACCCCCAAGGCACCAACAUGAUGUUCGCUUUCUUUGCUCAGCACUUUACCCAUCAGUUCUUCAAGACGGACCAUAAGCGGGGACCAGCCUUCACCAAAGGCCUGGGCCACGGGGUGGACUUAAAUCAUGUCUACGGCGAAACUUUGGAACGUCAACAUAAAUUGCGCCUUUUCAAGGAUGGAAAGCUGAAAUAUCAGAUCAUCGAUGGAGAGAUGUACCCGCCCACCGUCGGGGACACGCAGGUGUCUAUGAUCUACCCCCCACACGUGCCCGAGCACCUGCGCUUUGCCGUGGGCCAGGAGUUGUUCGGGAUGGUGCCGGGACUCAUGAUGUACGCCACCAUCUGGCUGCGGGAGCACAACCGUGUGUGUGACGUACUCCGGGAGGAGCACCCAGAGUGGGAGGAUGAGCAGCUGUUCCAGACCAGCCGGCUGAUACUGAUUGGGGAAACCAUCAAGAUCGUGAUCGAGGAUUACGUGCAGCACCUGAGUGGCUACAACUUCAAGCUGAAGUUCGACCCGGAGCUGCUCUUCAAGCAGCAGUUCCAGUACCAGAACCGCAUCGCCUCCGAGUUCAACACACUCUACCACUGGCACCCGCUGCUGCCAGACAGUUUCCUCAUCGAUGGCCAGGAGUACAGCUACCAGGAGUUCCUCUACAACAACUCGGUGCUCCUGCAGCAUGGGCUCACCCGGUUCGUGGAGUCUUUCAGCAGGCAGAUCGCCGGCAGGGUCGCCGGUGGAAGGAACGUGGCCCCUGCCGUCCAGAAAGUGGCCCAGGCAUCCAUCGACCAGAGCCGGGAGAUGAAGUACCAGUCCUUCAAUGAGUACCGCAAGCGCUUCUUGCUCAAGCCCUACAGAUCCUUCGAAGAACUUACAGGAGAGAAGGAGAUGGCGGCGGAGUUGGAGGCUCUCUACGGGGACAUCGAUGCCAUGGAACUGUACCCUGCCCUCCUGGUGGAGAAGCCCCGGCCAGAUGCCAUCUUCGGGGAGACCAUGGUGGAGCUGGGCGCCCCCUUCUCCCUGAAGGGCCUCAUGGGCAACCCCAUCUGCUCCCCCGAGUACUGGAAGCCCAGCACCUUCGGAGGCGAGGUGGGGUUCCGGAUCGUCAACACGGCCUCCCUGCAGUCCCUGAUCUGCCACAACGUGAAGGGCUGUCCCCUCACGGCCUUCAGCGUGCAGGACGCGGCGCUCCCCAAGGCCGUCACCAUCAACGCCAGCGCCUCGCACUCAGGCCUGGACGACCUCAACCCCACGGUCCUCAUUAAGGAGCGCAGUACGGAACUGUAG